AUGACCACACACAUAAUCAGCAGGGUGACGGUGUUUAAGAUCCCAAAGCUGGAAGACCAGGAGGUUGUGCUGAGGGAGUUUACGAACCUCCAGCAUGGUGCAUUAAAAGAUGGAGUCCCUUAUAUUCUCAGCGUCAAGGCAGGACAUUGUUUCGAGGACACAAGAAGCCAAGGUUGCUCAAUCGCUCUGCAAACAACAUUUUCUGGCCUCGAAGACAUGCAAUUCUUCGAUCACGAGUGUCGAUAUCAUGAGGAGAUGAAGAAAAUUGUGGGACCGAGGAUCACUUCACCACCACUUGUAGUCUAUUUCAAAGACAUCGUGGCAUCCACUACAGCAUAA